AUGCCAAAAGCAACACGAAAACAAAUACCACCCAACUUUGACAUGUCAUUUCUUCCAACCGAUCAACAAAUAAAAGACAUUCAAGAAGCCGGUAUACCAUUAACUACAAAAAAAAAUACUGAAUUCUGGGUUAAGGUUUUAACUAACUAUAGUGAAAAACAUCAUAAUGGAAUUCCAAUUGAAUCGGUUAAUGACAAAAAAAUAUUAGAAAAACAAUUAUGCGAAUUUGUUGUUGGUGUGCAAAGAGAUGAUGGCGAAGAAUAUUUGUCAUUAAAAAAUUGUAUGGCUGCAAUUGAUAGACAUUUGAAAAGUCACAGUGUAAUUAAAGAUCAAAUUACCUUAAAUGGAAAUGCAUGCAAGCAAAAUUAUCCAGACUUUAAAUGGAAAGCUACAUGA